UUUCUGUUUUUGGAAAUUGUUGCGUAAGCAGUGGCGGUUAUUUUUGAGUUUGCUAAUUUUAGCUCCGAUUUUCUACAAUUUUUGUGAUGCAUAAAAAGUACAGACUGGGAUUUCCUGAUCAACUGAGGAAGCUGCAUCUGUUGCAGCGUCCCAGCUUACAGUUGUUUGAUGCCGAAAUUCUUUGAUUGUUGAAUUCUUUUUCCCAUCGGAAGCAGCCUGAUUCCUCUGUUGGUUUUGGCUUGGUGAUGAUCACAUUAUUUUAAUUACUCCACUGAAGCUGCAUCAUCUUUAUUCCAUCUGUUGUUUUUGGAAAAACCAAUUUAACGAUGGCCACAGAAACUCUUCUUAAUCUGUGGGAAAACUUGGCUAAAUUGCCUCUUGUUAUGCUCUUGAAGGAUACAAGGAACGUUUUCAAUAUGGAUGAGUUAGCAGUAGAAAUAGCACAAAUUGCAGUUCCUGCUGCACUUGCUUUAGCAGCAGAUCCUGUUGCUUCUCUAAUCGAUACAGCAUUCAUUGGCCAUUUAGGACCUGUGGAGCUUGCUGCUGUGGGAGUUUCUAUUGCCAUUUUUUUAUUGUUCAAACUUCAAAAGACAAGUUCUCUGAGGAAUGCAUUUUCUGUUGUGCAGGAUUCCCCAAUGCUAAUACCAGCACAACAAUACUUGACAUUGAGGUCACUAGGUGCUCCUGCUGUUCUUCUUUCACUAGCGAUGCAAGGGGUUUUCCGAGGAAUUAAGGAUACGAAAACUCCUCUAUUUGCUACUGUUGUGGGAGAUGUAGCAAAUAUCAUCUUGGACCCAAUAUUUAUAUUCGUAUUCAGAUUGAACGUCUGUGGUGCAGCCAUUGCUCAUGUUAUUUCUCAGUACCUAAUCUCCCUGAUUCUGUUGUGGAAAUUAAUUGAACAUGUUGAUCUAUUGCCUCCCAACAUUAAAGAUCUACAAUUUGGUCGAUUUCUAAAAAAUGGAUUUAUGCUGUUGAUGAGGGUAAUAGCUGCGACAAUCUGUGUCACCUUGGCUGCAUCAUUGGCGGCAAGACAUGGAUCUACUUCAAUGGCUGCAUUUCAGGUUUGCUUGCAGAUUUGGAUGGCAACUUCUUUGCUUGCAGAUGGGCUGGCUGUGGCUGGACAAGCAAUGCUUGCAAGUGCAUUUGCAAAUAAGGAUCACGACAGGGCCAAGGCCAUUGCUUCUCGUGUAUUCCAGUACGGUUUGCUUUUAGGCCUAGUUCUCUCGAUCUUCCUUUUCGGUGGACUACAGUUUGCUUCAAGAUUAUUUACAGAAGACGUCAAUGUUUUGAAUCUUAUUGCCGUGGGCAUCCCGUUUGUUGCAGCAACUCAAAUCGUAAAUGUUUUAGCCUUCGUUUUCGAUGGAAUCAAUUAUGGAGCAUCUGAUUUUGCAUACUCUUCAUACUCAAUGGUUUUGGUGUCAAUAAUAAGCAUCCUAUGCUUAUUUGCUUUAUCAUCUAGUCAUGGCUUCUUUGGCAUCUGGGUUGCGUUGACCAUUUUUAUGACUCUACGCGCAUACGUGGGCUUGUUGAGGUAACGGUUUCAAUUAGAA